AUGGAGGGUUUCUCAGUUACCGCUAUAGAGAAGUUGAAUGAGACCAACUACUCAAGUUGGAGCACCCGUAUGGAGUUUUAUCUCAGAGGCCAAAAGCUCAGGGAAAUUAUCACCAUCCCACCACCCAAAGAUGAGAAGCUGUUGGAGGACUGGAAGCAAAAAGUAUACAAGAUCAUGUACAUCCUUGCAGUCACAACAGAAGACCAAUUCCUGCCUCGCAUCAAGGAAAGCAAAUCCCCGAAGGAAGCUUGGGAUACUCUCUCCACAAUCUUCGCUAGGACCAAUGAGGCGAGACUCCAGAGACUGGAGAAUGAAUUGAUGUCACUAUCCUAA